GAGCCUUGGGGUCUUCUACCAGGGUGUUCCCUGUGCUCAGGGGGAGCUUCUCGGGGGCAAGGACGGGUUGGCCUCUGGCGCAGGAGCACCACCAGCUGCCACUGCUAAGUGGAGGAGGGAGCCUGCGGUGUCCCCACCCCCAUCCCUGUCCCACUCAGCCAGUCACUGCUCAAGGCAUCCUGGGAACCCCUAGGGAGACCCUCACCAGCGGCCCCCUCCCUCACACCCCACUCCCCACCAAGGACAGCUCCCUUUCCUCAGCAGUCCUGGUCCAUGGGGUCCGUCCCCAGUUGUCCUCCCAAUGGACCCCAGCCCAACCCAGUGACUUUACCCCUCCCCCCAUCCUAUUUUUGCCGGGGGGGCUUCUCCCUCAAUGGGCCCCCAGCCCCCAGCCUCCCCAAGCUCCUAGGGGCAGGGGCUGGGUCCCGGGCCCAAUGCUAGGCACACAGGAAGAGCCGAACGCUUUUUCAUUCACACAUUUGUUUCACGGCUCCCUUCCUGUGGCCUCCGCUCCCGGCUCUCCCUUUGCUUCUGUGGCUCUCCGCACUUGUGCAGCCGGCGUCCAGCCCGCUGCCUGGGAGUGCUGAUGGCCCGAGCAGCGCCCCUCCUCCCGGGGAUGCGCGCUCCUCCUGGGGCUCCGGGGGCUUCUGGGGCCUGCGCCCUCCCUGAGGACCCUUCUCAAACAGCCUCACGGCCCGUGGCCCGCUUCCAGUGCCCUCCCGCCCCCACCCCCCAUCUGGUGGCUGAAUGUGCCCCUUCUGCUGAGCUCCAGCAUCAUUGCUGCAGGGUCCCAGGGCAGCUGUCUCGGAGCCCUCCCAGCUCUUCCUCCCCUCCCCCCCCAUUCCCAUCUCCUCGGAGCUGUGAGAAUGUGCGUGUGUGCAUCACGAGUGGCUUUGCCCGUGUGUAGUGGCUCAUCUGCCCCAGGGAAGCUGCCCCUGCCCGGUGAGUCCUCAGCCCAAGGCCCCGCCUCUCUCCUUCACGCGGCUUCCUCUCCCCCCUCAGGUCUCAUGGAGUUGAAUCUCCUUCCCCUGGAUGGAAGCCCGGAGGAGGAGGGCAGAUCCCCAGGAGGCCCCUUGGGCCUAGACCAGGAGGCCGUGUCCUUCGGGGACGUGGCCGUGGACUUCACGGAGGAGGAAUGGGGGUGCCUGAGCCCCGCUCAGUGGCAGCUCUACAAGGAGGUGAUGCUGGAGAACUACAGGAACCUGGUGUCCCUGGGGCUGAGAGAGGACAGACCAGACCUGAUCUCCUGGCUGGAACAAGGGGAAGAGAUCCUAACCAGCCCCCAUCCCGGGGAAGGAGACCCCGCGGCCGCUGGACGCUGCAGCCCGCCUGGGCCUUCAGCCCGGGGUUCUGGACUUGAGAAGCAGGAGGAGCUGCUUGGGAGCCAGGAAGGAGGACGGUCAGUGGUAACGUUUGUGGGAAGCCUUGGAAGCCAUGUUGUUCCCCGGGUCCCCACAUUUGGGGAAAGUCCUAAGCAGGGGGUCAUGUCGCAGAAAACAGUGGGAAUCCUUACUGGGGAGACUUCAAGGAUCGUCCUUUCUCAGGAAAACAACCUCAACCCACCAACCCUCCUCAUGCCCAAAGAGCGGGGAAGCCAGAAACACACUGACUCAGGAGGAAGCUUUAGUCACAGCGUGCCCCAGUGGCUGACAUUGAGGGGUCAUAAUGAACAGGGGAAUCUCCCCCAUAAUCAACAUGACAGAAACGAACCCUGCCAUUUGGAAGAAGGCAGACAGCAUUCUGGCAGGAGCUCCCCUCUCGUUCCACAUCUGAGGUCUCCGGGUGAAGAGAAACCUCAUAAAUGUGGAAAUCAGGAGCAAACUCAAGAGAGCGAAAACCAUUCUCGGUGUAGUCACUGUGGAAGGGCCUUCAGGAGGAGCUCGGGGCGGAGUGAACACCAGAGGAUUCACCCUGGUGACAAAACCUGUGACUGCACCGAGAUUGGGGAGCCCCGCCACCAGAACUCAGCUGUUCCUAGAAACGCCCCACUCCAAAGCAGCAAGAAGCCGUACAAGUGUGAUGAAUGCGGGACGGCCUUCACUUGGCGCUCCUACCUUAUGGAACACCAGCGAAUUCACACUGGGGAGAAACCGUACUUAUGUAAGGAGUGUGGCAAGGCCUUCAGCCAGAGCUCCAGCCUCACCAAACACCAGAGGAUCCACACCGGGGAGAAGCCCUAUAAAUGCUCGGAGUGUGGGAACGCUUUCCGGCAGAACUCACACCUGAUUCGCCACCAGAGGAUCCACACUGGAGAGAAGCCCUACGAGUGCCAGGAGUGCGGCAAGGCUUUCAGCCAGAGAUCGGACAUCAUUAAACAUGAGAGGAUUCACAGUGGGAAGAAGCCCUACGAGUGCAAGGAGUGCGGGGCCGCCUUCAGCUGGCGCUCCUACCUCAUUGAGCACCAGAGAACUCACGCUUUGGAGAAGCCCUAUGAGUGCAAGGAGUGCGGCAAGGCGUUCAGCCAGAGCUCGUCCCUGAUCCAACACCACCGCAUCCACACCGGGGAGAAGCCCUAUGAGUGUAACGAGUGCGGCAAGGCCUUCAAACAGAGAUCUUCCCUGAUCCAGCAUUACCGGAUCCACACCGGGGAGAAGCCCUUCGAGUGCAAGGACUGUGGGGCCGUCUUCAGCGGGCACUCCGGCCUCCUCCACCACCAGAGAAUUCACUCCGGGGAGAAGCCCUUCGAGUGUAAGGAGUGCGGCAAGGCCUUCAGGCAGAGCUCGGCCCUCAUCCACCACCAGAUAACUCACACCGGAGAGAAGCCUUACCAGUGUAAAGACUGCGGGAAGGCCUUCAGCUGCAACUCGUCCCUGAGCCAGCACCGGAGGGUGCACACCAAGGAGAAGCCCUUCCGCUGCCGCGACUGCGGCAAGGCCUUCAACUGGAGCUCCUCCCUGACCCAGCACCGGCGCAUCCACACCGGGGAGAAGCCCUACGGCUGCCGGGACUGCGGCAGGGCCUUCACCAACCGGGCCUCCCUGAUCAAGCACGAGAGGACGCACAGCGGGGAGAAGCCCUACGAGUGCGAGCAGUGCGGGACCGCCUUCAUCCAGAGGUCCAACCUCACCAAGCACCGGAGGAUCCACAGCGGGGACAAGCCGCACGGCUGCCCGGAGUGCGGCAAGGCCUUCGCCAACCAGUCCUCCCUGCUAAAGCACGAGCGGAUCCACAGCGGGGACAAGCCCUACCGCUGCCCGGAGUGCGGCAAGGCCUUCAACUGGAGCUCCUCCCUGACGGAGCACCUGCGUGUUCACACCGGGGAGGAGCCCUACAAGUGCCACGAGUGCGGCAAGGCCUUCAGGAAGAGCUCCUUGUUCACCCAGCACCACCGGAUCCACACCGGGGAGAAGCCCUACACCUGCGGGGAGUGCGGCAAGGCCUUCCGCCAGAUGUCCUCCCUGACGCGCCACCAGAGAGUCCACUCGGAGGAGAAGCCCUAUGAGUGCGCGGAGUGCGGCAGGGCCUUCGGCAACAGCUCCAACCUCUCCAAGCAUCGGAGGACGCACACCGGGGAGAAGCCUUAUCGGUGCGCAGAGCGCGGCAAGGCCUUCCCAGCGGCUCCUCCCUGGAUAGUCACGCAAGAAUGCACGGUGCCCAAAGACCCCUCGAGCUUAAGGGCUGCGAACCAGCCUUCAGCUGGGGCUGAGCCCCACCGCCAUAGCCCGAGGAGCGUUCGCUGAUGCAGUGAAUAUGCGAAAGAGGAAUCGAUAAAUCCAUCCUGGCUGGAAACCCAAAGAAUGGACCGGGAAAACCUGUCAGGCUUUUCCAUGACUGAAGUCUUUUUAUAGGGAACGUCUAACAGUGUAGAGGGUGAGAAAGAAAUGAGGGGGUUAAAGUCAGUCUUGUUGCCUUUCGUCUUUGCAAAAGACUACUAUGUUUGCCAAAAGUAAAGAAAAUCCCCAAACACAGAGGGCAAAGAAAUCCUUACAAGGAAAACCUUAGGGGAAAAAAUAGAAUGUAGUACUGAGCAUACAAAACAGAGCUCUAAAUAUAAUGAAGAAAUAAUGUAAGGUAAAAGAAAGUUACGAGGCAUCUCCAAAAGAAGAGUACUGGACCUCCAACCAUAAAAAUGAAACUACCACAAAGACCCUCAAAGUGAUUGAAAAGGUUUUUAAAAGAAUUGAAAACUCUAGAAGGGACAUUGCAGCUCUUCAAAUAGAAUUAGAAAAGAUAAACAGGAAAAUUAGCAGUUCAGAACAGACACAAAUCCAAACAUUCUAGUAUGCAGAAAGGAAUAGUAGAAAAGUUUAAAAAUUGGCAGAUUGGACAAACAACCGAAGUCUGCAUGGAGAAAAACAAGACAACCCAUUGUGGUGGAUGGGACAAUCAGAACUGCUGGAAUCCCAGUAAAAAAUAAAAUAGAGAAGCCGGAUUCCAUAUUUUGAUAAAUCCUGCACAAAAAAAGUCCAGAGGUAUUUGAAUGAGUAGCCUAGAAGUUAUUAAAUCCAAGAACAAUGACUUCUAAGAGAAGGACUCCCUCUUUGGGAAAAUUGGAAAUAUUUGCCAGAAAUGGGCCUUACACCUGCACCCCAUGCCAAAAUAAACUACCAAUAGAUAUGUACCUUUAAUAUAAGUGAUCACACCAUUAAAAAUAAAGGGGAAAUGAAGGAA